UGCCUACAAGGCUGAGGCAUGACUUGAUGUGGAACCGGGUGGGGAACGCCAGAGAGGGUGCGGGGAAGAACAUCGGGCUCGAACUCAUCAAUGACCUGAAUGGUUAGUUUUAUAUUGUACAUUGACAUACAACUUUACUGCACUGAACAUUUGCUAUCAAGGAGCUUGACUGUUGUUUCAUGUUUCUUAAAGGCAACCAAAGCGGUAUCUGCUCGUCCCAGGGCAGUAGAACUAGAAUUUGCAAAGUUAAUUUUCUGGGCACUUUCUUACGUUCUAAGAUGAAUCAACCCUACCCCAUUCCAUACCGACAUUCGGGGAGCGAAAGUUCGAUGUCACUGUGUCACGAGAACGCCGUGAAAAUCUGGUCACUUCUAUCGCCAAUUUGCGAUCCUCCAUGUUUGAAUUUUCCGAGUAUUUCCGACUUCUGCCGAUCCGAGCCGACGAGUAGUCACGUGGUUUACUCUGACCUUUCGGUUGAGGUCAACAUAUGGCGCGAGAUUCUUCCCUGCCGAUUGCCGAUUUGACUCACAUAGCGUCCUUGAUUCCACGUUGACUACACUGUUUUUUUCGCCUCUUUUCUGCGCUCGUGACGUUGAUUUUGACAUGUCGAAGUGGACGAGGUGCCGCCCCUCACGGAAGUCCAAAACAAGAGCCAACAACUUUUUGCGCGAGUUUGCGGCGGCUAGAGACGACGACACUGAAGAUGUCCACCCAGUGCGCGGAAGGGCGUUUGCGCGGCACAACGUCCAAAGGGCUGGGUUACUGUCGACCACACCCCCCCCAGGACAGCUGCCAGCCGCAGGGCCUUCAACGACCCCCCCGGGACAGCUGCCAGCCACGGGGCCUUCCACGGCCCCCCCGGGACAGCUGCCAGCCACGGGGCCUUCCACGGCUCCCCCAGGACUGCUGCCAGUCUCGGGGCCUUCCACGGCCCCCGCGGGACAGCUGCCAGCCCCGGGGCCUUCCACGGCCCCCGCGGGACAGCUGCCAGCCCCGGGGCCUUCCACGGCCCCCGCGGGACAGCUGCCCGCCUCAGCUGUGGAGGACAUGAUGAACAUCUCCGCCAUGUCCGCCAGCAUGUUAGACUUGCAGAUCGACGACCAUGGUGAUGAUGCGUCUGAUACGCCCGCCCCAGGUGAAGAGAGUUCCGACUCCAGCCCACCCGCCAGCCCACCCGCCAACCCACCCGCCACCCGAGGCCGUGGUCGAGGCCGUGGUCGAGGGACAACCAGAGGAAACCGGAGGGAACCAGGGGCACCGCAGCCAAGAAGGCGGACGAGAAGAAGCGUCGCUGCCUUGUCCACUGCGGAGCAGAGAGAGCGCAUCGCACAACUCAAGGCCAGAAGGAUUAAGAAUAUAGAGGACCGGGUUUAUGCCAUGAGGACAUGGACUUGUACGUCCUUGACCAGCCAGUCCUGAGAAUAGCCAGAUGGGCCAGAAAUGACGUCUUGGCCUUGCAGGAUGGUGAUGAACCUGGUGCAGACCUGCGAGGGUUUCGCCAUGCAGCAUACAGACAGUGGGUGCUGUGGCACUAUGGCCGACUAGGGCAGGGGAAUAGGGUAGUUGUACCU